UCGCAACCCGGAACAAGAACUUUACAAAAUAAAAGCUGCAAGCCUUAAAUGCGAUAUUUCUACGCUCAGCUGCAAGAAGAAUGCAAUAAGUGCCUUGUUUUACUUUUAUUCCGAUCAUUUGUCAUGACUUUACGCGCUCGUCUGAGAAACAAUGAAGGCGCGCUCCUCUUGGACGGUGGACUAGCAACACAACUGGAGGCUCAAGGCGCGAAGUUGCAGGGAGACCCUCUGUGGAGCGCCAGGCUUUUGUACAGCGACCCCCAGGCCAUUAUCGACGCCCAUCACAGCUUCCUCCUGAGCGGCGCCGACGUGAUCACCACGGCGACCUACCAGGCCACCAUCCCGGGCUUCGUCCGGCAUUUGAAGGUGAGCUCGGACGCCGCCAGGGAGCUGCUGGUGUCCGGCCUUCACCUCGCCGAACAGACGGUGGCCGCCUACGCGUCCCCGGCCGCCUUGAAAGGCCGGGCGUGUCCUCUGGUGGCGGUCUCAGUGGGACCCUAUGGCGCCUCUCUGCAUGACGGCUCAGAGUACACCGGUGCCUACGCACAGACCAUGAGUGUUGAGGAGCUCAAAUCCUGGCAUCGGCCUCAGCUGGAAUGCUUGGCGGCGGCGGGAGCGGACCUGCUGGCGUUGGAGACCAUCCCGAGUGUGAAGGAAGCCCAGGCGCUGGUGGAGCUCCUGAGAGAAACGCCCGACUGCCAGGCCUGGCUCUCCUUCUCCUGCAAGGACGGGGCGCGCCUGGCCGACGGCAGCCCUUUCGGCGAUGGCGUCCGCGUGGCCGGCAGGUCGACGCAGGUGCUGGCCGUGGGCGUCAACUGCUGUCCCCCCGAGUGGGCGGAGCCUCUGCUGGCGACGCUGAAGAGUCCUGACGUGAGCUGGGUGGUGUACCCCAACAGCGGGGAGGACUGGGACUCGGAGCGAGGAUGGCGAGCAUCAUCUGUGAAAACCUCGAUACCAGCAUUAAGUCACACGUGGAUCAAACAAGGCGCUGCUUUGAUCGGAGGUUGCUGCCGCGUGGGACCCCAUCAAAUCGCCGAGCUGGGAAAACAUCUGAAAGCGGCGCACUCGUGACAACGUGAGCGGCGGACAACGUUAAUCGGAGACGUCAUGUAUCGUAAAAUGAAUCAAAAUCAAACGUGUACGUGACUCGGCGAUGAUGUAAAAAUAUCAUGUUACUGAGUACCUUUUCUUUUUGCUCCAGAAAGACACGAAACAAGGUCCGAGUGUGACAUCACGUCAGGGGUGUCCAAGGUGAGGCCCGCGGAACUUUUUGGUUUUAAAGGCCUUUCUAAAAUGACGAGUAAAUAUAAACAUGAGAAAGGUGAAACACGGUGAGCUCUUUGGGAUAUUUUCAGAUGUGAAAGUAAGACUCAAGUACCUCAAGAUUGGCUGAAAAAAAGAGAACCACUUCAUUAGCAUUCUACUGGUGGCCUGUAAAAAGAGCAUUACUAGGAAAUGGAUAUCACAGGAGAGCCCAACUUUGAAGCUGUGGAUGGAAAUCACAAUGGACGUUUAAAAAAAUGAAGAAGAUAACGGCUUUUAUUAAUUAUUAAAUUGGAAAAAUGUGCUUCAUA